AUGUUCAGCUCUUUUUAUCCAACCACUGCCAGCCACCGGAUAUCGUCAGUCUACAUAUUUGGAGAACGCCCUAAACUACGUUUGCCUAGGUCUCCACUCAUUCACGUCAUGGAUUCUUCAGAUUCAGACAGAAAGGUGCGUGGCGCUAGCGUCGCGGCGUGCGCGCGCCGGCUAUAUUUGAGUGCGCGCCGUCGUUACAUAAAACUGUCGAGUGUCGAUCCUCACCUCCUCUAUCUUGAGGCUGGUGCGGACCACCUUGCGGGUGACCGCGCUCUCGUAUGUCUCCUCGAUAGUCUCCGCCAUGGUUGCGAGUCGCGGGCGCAGCGGGCGACGCGCGCGGUAGUUGCGCCGGUACUGAGCGGCGCGCGGUUAUUUUUAGUCAGCGGCGUGGUACGGCCGCCUCACAGUGGUGUAACUGGCACUCGGGAAUCGGGGUGGCGAAGCCGAUGGCGGGCUGAGCGAUACUGCCGGCCUUCGGUCGCGGUGGCGGUUAGGGGCGCUGCGCACUCGCCGCCCGCCUGCCUUGUGACGCCGCACUCACAGCCUCGAUGA